GGCAGCCGCGCGGUGGGAAGAGUCACACGGGCGCAUGGACCAUGGCUUCAAGUUGCCGCUUUGGCGCGUGCGAAGGGACAGGUUAUAGGCGUGAGCAAGCCCAUUAGCGCAUCGAGCGUAACCCUCGGAUUGCAGCGGCCGUAAUCGCAAUCCAAAAAAUAAUUCAGAAAAUUUAAAUAAAACCGACCGAAUCUUUCGUCGUCAGGGUCGCGACGAGAAGUGCGAAAGCGAUGGAGCCCGCUGACGUCACCGACGACGAACGUCGCCGCUGCUGCGUCUCGCCGUUCGGCGCCUGCGGGCGCUGGCUACGCAGCCUCGUCGAGCUCUACGGCCUCCGGACGCUGGCCGUGCUCUGCGGCACCAACUUGCUCUCGGGCCUCAUCUCGAUCGACCUCUUCGCCGUCGACUACAUGUUCAAGGACGAGUUCCAUCUGAGCCCAUCGUCGGCACAGAUCUCGACGACGACGCUCAUGCUGCCAUGGGCGCUCAAGCCGAUCUGGGGUCUCAUCACGGACACGGUCUCGAUCGGCGGCUUCCACCGCAAACCGUUCUACGUCCUCUGCGGCUGCUUGGCCUUUUGCUGCACGUCGCUGCUGGGGCUGCCAAACGUCGUGAGCUCCUAUGAGCUCGCAUUGGGCGUGCUCCUCCUGCGCUCGGUCGGGUACGCGUUCAUUGACGUCAUCAUCGACGCGGUCCUCGCGGAGCAAGCGCGCAAGGACGUGGCGUCGGGCGCGCAGAACCUCCAGAGCAUUGCGUCCUUCCACAAGGCGCUCGGCGUCGUGCUCGCAUCGAUCCUCAAGGGCCCACUCAUCACUGCCCUCGGCCCCCGGCGCGUCUUUACCGUCAUGUCGUUCGUCAUGCCUCUGCCGUACGUCGUGCUCUCGUGCGUCAUGGUCGAGGCCCGCAAUCAUUGCACCGACUCGAUCCGCGUCCGCAUGCGGCGGCAGAGCCGACUGCUCGCGACCUCGUUCGCAUCGCCGCUCGUGUGGCGGCCGGCGCUCUUCCUCCUCCUCUCGAUCUCGCUCUCGCCGACGAUCGUCCAGGUUUACUUUUACUUUGCGACGAGCGAGCUCGGCUUUUCGCCCAACUUUAUCGCGUCGCUCUCGCUGAUUGGCGCGCUCACGGCCAUGGCCACGACCCUCUUGUACCAAGCCAAGAUGAAGCACGUCGCGUUCCGGUCCGUCUUUGUUGGCAGCCAAAUCGGGGUCGUCUGUGCCAACGCCGCGACGCUCCUCCUCGUGACGCGCACCAACGUGAGUCUCGGGAUUCCCGACAAGGCAUUUGUGAUUGGCGAAGACAUUGCGAUCGUCAUUGUCAAGUACAUGCAGAUCAUGCCCAUCACGGUGCUCUGCGCCAAGCUCUGCCCACGCGGCGUCGAAGGCACGAUGUUUGCGGGCUUUGACUCGAUCAUGAACGGCUCGUACCUCAUAUCCGGCUACCUCGGCGCGCUCAUUGCGCAGCACGCGGGCAUCACCGAGCGCAACUUUGAGCACCUCUGGAUCGUCCAGCUCAUCAUUGUCGGUUCGCGCUUGCUCCCGUUCUUCUUUGUGUUUUGGCUCAUUUCCGACGACAUCAACGUCCUGACCACCAACGCCGCGCCAGCCGAGCACGACGGCAAUACUGGCAAGAAGGACGCCCACGCAGCGCUGCGAAAAGACAUUCUCAUGCUACCGCCCGUGGACGCGGUGGCGAGUGUGACCGAACUGCAGAUCCGACACGUUUAGCGACACGUCUAUCACUGCUGGCGUGAUCUAGUGUGUGCUGGAAUGUACUGUCUUUUAUAUAUAUUGUCAUGCGACGACGAGACUACGUGGG